AUGUCAGUUUGUAACCAACUACGACUAUCAGAGACUUUAACAGCUAAGGACGAACGGGCUAUCUUUUUUCUUGGAAAUCUAGCAUGGUCGGCAUUCGAAAUCAUUGAGCUGGACAUAAUACGAUCAUUUUCAGACCCGAAACGGCUUUGCGUCUCAUCAGAUCUACGCAGAAAAAUUGUUGCUCUUAGCACAUCAAAGUUUGAGCAGGUAAAUGGAUGUCCGAGGGAGCUGUUCCUCGUGGUAGGGAAUGCUCUAGAGUAUGCAAAGGCUCAUCAGAUGGAGAAUAUGGAUCUUUUCGAAUACAAAGAGCUCCUGAUGGGUGUAUAUCUGAGUAUAAAUUCAUGGCAGCUGCCGGAUUCGAACUUGCCAGAUGAUGGGUCCAAUUGGGGUGCAGUAUACGAAAGCUUCCGACAUGCAUUUCUUCUCUAUACAUCCCGGCUUUUGUCGCCCGAGCAGCCCGCCGAGGUAUCAAUCAUCCGAGAGUCAGUGGAAGCUGUAUUGGAUGCGGUAUCCGAGAUUCCAUCCAGCCUGAUCGACUUGGCUAUUUUUCCACUCUUUAUUGCAGGAACCGAUACCCUCUCCUUACAUUCACGCCAUUACAUCUUGCUAAGACUUGAUGCCAUUAGGUCUAUUGCCGGUUUCAGUAAUGAUCUCCCAAAAAUGUUACUGCACAAAGUCUGGGAAAGUCGUGCGAAUCAGCCAAAAUGGGACUCUCGCAAUAUCCUAUGGACCUCCUUUACGGAUACGAAGGCACGAGAGUCUCAGGACGAUUACCUCAUUAUCUAA